AUGAGCAACAAGCCCCUUUUGUAUGAAGAUGUGUCUGAAGAUUUGUUAGAUGAGAACGCUUCUGUUUUAAGUGUUCAUGUCUCGAAGAGUUUACAUAAGAACAUGGCAGCUAAUCCUUUCAGAAGAAGGUUUAAGAGUGAAGAACUCAUUGAACCCUUUUCCUGUUCUGUUCGGCUAUUACCUUAUUUUGCUGAUUUACGUAAAGAAGUUUCUCCAAUUAAAAAUAGUGUAAAAUUUGUUGAUAAUGGAUUUUCUUGAAAGGAAAUAACAUGACAGAGACAUCCCACUAAAUCAAAGCUACAAAGUGAUAUAAAGGACCUACUCCAACAAGCCAUUAGACUAAGAAGCUCUUCUAUACCCCACCCCACUCAUAAAUCCCCUCCAAAUGCCAAAUCCCACUCUCCAUCUCAAGAAAUCCUCAUAACAAUGAACGACAUAAACAGUGCCUAAUAUUUUCCUAUUCUUCAGAUUUUAAACGAGUAAUUUUUACGCAGAUUUGGAAUUCAGAGUAGAAUCUGGGCGUUUAGGGGAGAACUUUUGGUCAGAUUUUGAAUGGAGGUGGUAGCUGGGAGAUUUUGAGGGGGUAGGGGAUGAAGAGAUAGAUGGUGGGCAGGUUAUUGGGAAUUGGGGAAGGGUGGGGAAUUUUGGUGGAGAGGUUUGUUUAGGGUGGGAAGUGGGGGAUUUUAUGUAAGGGAGUGGUAAAAAGUAGGUUUUAAAGGAGGGGGUAGAUGAGGGAGGAGUUGUUCAUGGUUUAGUUCUGUGUUAUAGGGUUUAUGGUAAAGUUUGGUGCCAGUUAGUCUUGGCUAAUUUUCAGCAAAUUGAUUAGUUAGCAUCUCAAGUAUAUCAUCCAUUCAACCAUCCUCCUAUUUAUUUAUAAUCCUCAGCCUCUCUUCCACAGUCACAAUCCUACUUUGACAUAAACUAUGCUAAAAGACUCACUUCAACAAGAAAAUGAAAUAAUGCUCCUAAUUCUCGCCUCAAAACGAAAAUACUUUAACAAUUUAUAACAAUCCUUUCUUCCCCUACUCCCACUCAUACCAAAUCUUCUAUAACCCUCAAGCCACCUUCUUCCACUAUCCCUUCCCCAACCUUCAUUUCCCUUAACCCCCACUUUUCUUCCAGUCUUAAAACCCAGCCAAAUCCCUUCUCUUCAAUCGCUU